UGUUUAAUUUUUUUCUGUAGAAAAAUACUUACAAAAUAAUGGGAAGAAAAUAAUACAAUUAUAUUUUAAAUGGCUGAAAAGUAUGGCAUAGUGCAAACAAAUAAAAAACAUUCUUAUAUGGAACCAAUUGCACCAUGUGAAGAAUCUGACAGUGAUGAAGAUGAAAAUGAACGAAGAAAACAUAUAAGUCUUAAAGGAGGGCAUGGAUUUUUUUGGUUUUCAAAUAAGUUUAGUAACCAAUGGGAUUUAACUAAAGAUAGCUAUGAUUUGUAUACUAAUUUUAGUGCUGAAAAUCAGUUAGCUGAAAAAGGAAAACAAAAGUUUGUACGAAAUAAUAACCAUAGACAUACUUUAAGGCAUGUAAGAUGUUCAUCAAAUCCUCCUAUCGGAUUAGAUAAUAUACAUAUACGUAACGAAUUUGAAUAUGGUUUUAAUACUCAAAGACCAAAUGGUAGUAAAGCUAAUAUGAUGGUCAAAACUAGACCUAUUUCACUUUAUUUAUCAUCAUCUGUAAAACCAAAUAACUUUAUUUAUUCAAAUGAGCAAAAGCAAUCACAAAACUUUUUAAAAGAGAAUCUUUUAGAAAAACCUAUUUCUUUUGCUAAAAACGAUAUUGAGGCGCUUCUAGAACAGGAAGUGUUUAUGCUUAGAGCCCAACCUUCAAGCUUAAAUAUUCAUGGAUCUAAAGGAAAUGCUAAUGAGGAAGAGUUAGCAGAAGAUUUACGUAUUGCAAGGAGAAAAAGAUUUUUAAAGCGUCAAUUGUCGUUUGAUUCACAUCCUCGUCAUCGAUUAAGCAAAACACUAUCACUUGAAAGUGUCUUGGAAAGCAAUAGAAGUUUUAAGAGUUUUCCUUAUCGUAUAAAAGCUUCCCAAUCUAAUCUCAGUGAAGAUUUUUUAUUAGAUGUGGCUACUAACUUUGUUUGGGACAAAAAACAGUCAUCAAAAACUUUAGUGUCAGAAAAUUAUAUAAGAGAUGAUCUUGAUGCUCUUCCUAGUUUUACUACAGACUCCUCUAGAGUUACUUUAUCACAAUCUAAUAAUUCAAAUUCAUUAGGCCCUGUAGAAAAGCAAUCAUCUUCAAAUGUUCACACUGUUAGUGAUUCUGAAGAGAAAUUUAAAAAUGAGAAAAAGCGUAAGCCUGGUAUUCCAAAUUUAUUAAGUGCAUUUCGGUUACCAAACAAAAACACUUUUAAAAAAUUUAUUCGUUGGAAACAACAUAACUCUAGUUUGUCUAUAAAUGUACCUCAUGACAUUCAAAGGCCUGAACACUGUGAGAGUUUACCAAAAAUAAUAUCACUUCAAAAGACAGAAGUAGUUAAUAGUUGUCAUAAGGUAUCUUCAGAUAGUUGUAAUGAUAUAGUUAUGAAUGAUAAAUCAAGUUCAGUUUACUCACUUGCCAGGGUUGAUGAAGAUAAAGAGAGCUUUGAAUUUGGGUUGGAGCGUAAAUCUUGCAGCAGUUGUAGCAUCUCUAAGAACAAUUAUGCUGUAAAAAGAUAUGAAAAUAUUUUAGAGAGACGCAUGAGUGAUACAGCACUUUCUUGUGCAGAAAGACAAGGUAAUUCCCCUAGAAGAAAAUUUGUUAAAAGGAUACUUUCACCAGUUGUAUGUGGUCUUCAGUUUCCUGAUAGGUAUGAGGCUUUGGACUAUUCUAACUCCAGUCUUACUAGUUGUGAUUCUUUAUCUAUUGCGUCCGAAGGAGAUGUAAACAAUUUGUUGUUUGAGUUUGGAUCCCAAGAACUGGCCGAUGAGAUAACUCUAAUUGAUAAAGAACUUUUGAUUAGAAUUCCUUGGCAAGAACUUGCUAACUGUAGUUGGAUGACACAAGAAAAGUUUUUUUUGGCUCCUAAUACAAUGAAGAUGGUGCAGUUUUUUAAUCGUAUUGCAAUGAUGGUAGCUACAAGUAUUUUGUCUGAAGAAACUGCAUAUAGAAGAGCCAAAGUUAUACGCAAAGCUAUUAAGCUAUCUUGUCGCUGUCGUUACAUGAAAAACUACAACUCUUUAAAAGCAGUUUUAAGUGGAAUGCAGUGUACUCCUAUAUUUAGGCUGAAAGCAACGUGGAAGCAAGUUCCAUCCAAGUACAGAAGAAUGUUUCGUGAAUUAUCAGAGCUUAUGUCAGAAAAUAAUAAUUUCAGUUUGUAUCAACAAGAACUUUCCACUUCUCUUCAGAAUCCUCCAAUUAUUCCUUUUCUUGGAAACUUUCUUACUACUGUUGCUCAUACUCAUACAUACAUGGCUGUUCUGACAAAAUACAAAAACCAAACUUCAAGUGUUACUCAAAAUGCUUCACAUGGUAGUUCAACUAGUGAAUCACCUGAAUUACGUUUUUCUAAUGAAGCGCCUGAUUUAAGACAAAAGAAUUCAUCAAAUAAAAAUCAUUCUCGAAGCGAUUCAGAUGAUAGUGGAGUAGUAUUAUGCCGUCUAAGUCAUACAUUAGAUGGAUUUGAUAUUAGCCCAAGGGAAAGUUGCUUAAGUUCUCCUGAUGACGAUGAAAAUCGCUUGAUGGAAGAUAUUUUUACAAAGCCUAAUUCUGUUAAACAUUUAACCCCAACACAAAAGCGGAAAAGUGCAUCACAUGAUCUUAUUUUUAAUUCUACCGACAUAAAACUAUUCCAUAAAAGUUAUAGUGUAGAUAAUAGUUCUAGUAAUAAGAAAUUUUAUGCAAAUUUGAAUAAUAUAAUAAACAAAAGACCUAUAGAACCACCUAUUCGAGAUCCGUUUUAUGAUUGCGAACUGUUGUUUUGGAAAUUUCAGAUUUCAGCAGUGCAGUACAAACUUGUUGUUCGACCAUAUAUUCAAAGAUUUUUAGUCAAUUGUCCCUUUAAUACUGAAGAAGAAAAUUAUAAACUCUCUUUGCUAAGAGAGCCUCCGUGUACAAAGUUUUAAAUCUGUUUAUUUAAACAUCGCUAGAAUAGAAAUUAUCUGGCUUAUGUAAAAAGUCUUUCUGCGAAUAUAUAAUUUUCAGUAUCAUUAAUUUUAUUUGAUACUGAAAAAUGCUUAUCGAAACCGUACAUUUUUAGUUUAACUUUAAUCCAGAAAAAAAAAGAAAAUUUUUCUGUUUUAUUUUUAUUUGAUUUUAAUCUUCAAGUUUUUACUCAGCUUUAUCUUUUGUGUAGGAAAAAAAAUCUUUUUUUUUUAUUAUUUAAACUUAGGUUAUAUAAUAUUUAAUACUGUUUUAAUAAUUAUGUAUAUAGUGAAAAAUA